UUGCCUUUAUGCGACGUUGAUACCGACACUCAGUUCGAUAGUUCAGUUUUUUCUCAUGGCUCUUUGGGAAAGACGGAUAUCUCUGCUGUCAGCAUUCGGAACACUUCAUCGCACAAUGAGGUCACUACGUCAACGAUUGCUAGUUCAGUUGAGCCGGUGGGUUCUACUUUUCAGACGGACAGACGUACUAUCUAUGUCACGGACCGCCUCUUCCCUUAUUUGGUGCUAUCUCAUCUCGGAAAGAUAUAUAUUCGAGCCACGAGUCCAGUACAAUUGGAUUUCGCAGCAGUGUCAAUUCAAGAAAUUCUGAAGCUAUAUAAAGUCAGUGAAGCACUUACUUUUCGUGGAUCUUUGGGCGAAGGUCCUCGGCUUCGUACUUACUCUGCACCGAGUGGAGAUUCAGAGAACCUCGAUCUUCACGGAGAUGGGCAUAAUUUCUUCUCGGGUCAGAAACUUUGGUAUCUUUUUUCCGAGGAACUUCGGGAUCUUUUUGCACCACUUCUCAGUUCUAGGUAUGUUUUUAACGGAAAGAUUUUUUUGUAA